AUGUUACAACACUUCCUAUUCCUGCUAGUGAUCAUCGUGACAGGGGAACUUUAUCAACCCUACGUUUUUUCUGAGGCUGAGAGAGAAGACGCUCGAGGAAAGGUGGUUUUGGUAACGGGUGCUGCUGGAUUCAUCGGCUCACACGUUGCGAGGCAUUGCCGUGAUCUUGGAAUGGAAGUUGUGGCAAUUGACGACCUCAGUGGUGGCUUCACCUCGAAUGUGCCUGCUGGGGUUACUUUCUUGAGACGUGAUGUUAGAGAUGCAGAGAGUAUGGAAAGCCUAUUCGAAAGAUACAAGUUUGACUAUGUUUAUCAUUUGGCUGCUUACGCUGCGGAGGGUCUGUCGCACUUCGUGAGAAGUUUCAACUACAGAACAAAUCUUGUUGGAAGUGUUGAGAUUCUGAAUGCCGCUAUUCGGCAUAAGGUUCACACAUUUGUAUUCACUUCGUCAAUAGCUGUAUUUGGGCCAUUGAAUGACCAUCUUGAUGAUGGAGCCGAGAUGAGGCCUCUUACGGAGAAGGACAAGCCUCAGCCGGAGGAUCCAUAUGGUAUAUCAAAAUAUGCAUUCGAGAUGGAUUUACGAGCCGCGCAUGAUAUGUGGGGCAUUAAUUUUGUCAUAUUUCGUCCACACAACGUCUACGGUCCUCAUCAGAACAUGUUCGAUAGGUAUCGAAAUGUAGUGGGAAUUUUCGUGAAUCAAAUCAUCCAUGGGAAGCCGUUGACGAUUUUUGGAGAUGGACAACAACUUCGAGCGUUCUCUUAUAUAGAUGAUGUUGCGCCCGUCAUUUCGAGAGCUCCCUUAGUGAAAUCUGCACUAAAUGAGGUAUUUAAUAUCGGCGCUGACACUCCUUACAGUGUUAACCGAUUAGCUCAGGAGAUCUCCACUGCUAUGGGGAAGGCCGAUUACCCUCUCAAGGUGAAACUCCAGUGA